AGCACGGUGGUCCGGUUGUCAAAGUUGAGCACGGUUGUCUGGCUUUCCAUAGAGUUCGGCUUUCAGAAAUUUCAAGCUUCAAGUUCUAUCAGGUUCUAACCUAAGUAUAGCUAGUACUAGUGGUCUUCCGUCUUCUUUCUCUCUGCAGCGUCUGCCUACGUCCUCGACAAGUGAACAACUUGAGAAAAAAAGUUCACCUGCCAGUGGUUUGAAUGUGCGGCCUUCUCCGUCACAUGGCAGGCGCCUUGAGCUGCGGUUCUACUCGUCUCAUGUUGUAUAAAUGAUGCAUACACUGCGCCCCAUGAUUUGUGAAAUGCAACGCUUUGUUGUCGGAUCAACAUAAAGUCCACCGGGCCGUCUUGUUCUUACCCCGAUAGUGUCUUGUGAGUCAUCCCGUGCCUCUUACUACUCAUCCUCCAAGUCCGAUGCGCGUAAUUAUAGUACGUAAUACUCACCGAGGAAACUCCUUAUAUCUCCUUUGUUUUGUAAACGGUCCACCUGAUCAUUCUAUAAGCACGAACAUCCUAUAUCACGGGAAGUAUAUAAGCCCGAGUCACUUCGAGUUGUUCAUUAUUGCAGGUUUCUACAUUCCCCGCAGCAACAUGCAGAGCACUACAUGGCCAGAGCGAUUUGUUGACUUGAAGCGCCAGAUAGUCGAGGCUACGCCCGACUAUGAGAAGCGUCUCACAGAAUCUUGGAAGGAUCUCCUCGGAGAGCUCGACAAGCGUACCGCCGACAUUGCGCAAGCUGGCCCGAAUUAUAUCCCCCAAGUCCGGUAUGAGGACCUUGAUAAGCUCUCCGUCGAGGAAGUCGAUAUCAUUCGGCGCAAAGGCACCGUCGUUAUCAAGGAUGUUGUCGAUGAUAGUGAAGCCCGAGCUUGGAAGACUGCCCUUGAUGACUUCGUCAAAGCUAAUCCCCAUGUUCAAGGAUUCCCUGAGCAAGACAAGCAAUUCUUCAUGCUGUACUGGACGCGUCCACAAGUGCAAGCCCGCGCACACCCAAAUGUUCUCAAAGCUUCCGCGUGGCUCAACAAGCAGUAUCAUGUUAAGUCAGGCAAGCCACUCGAGGGUGUUGACCUUAAUGUCCCCCUUGUGUAUGCCGACCGAUUCCGUAUUCGCCAUCCUGGCCCAGGAUGGAAUAAUUUCCCCCCUCAUGUCGAUGGUGGUGCAAUUGAGCGCUGGGAGGAUGAAAGCUUCCGUAAAUGCUUCGCUGAUAUUCUCAGUGGUAACUGGCGCGCGCACGACCCAUAUGAACUCGAGGGUCGUCUGGAUGCCCGGAGCUCGUUGUAUGGUAGACCAGGACAAGCGACUAUAUUCAGGUCUUACCAAGGUUGGUUGGCAAUGAGUGAGGCUGCUCCAACACAGGGAACGCUCCGGGUAUUCCCUGAUCUUGUCCUCUCAAACGCAUACACUAUUCUCCGCCCAUUCUUCCGUCCCACCGUCCCGCUCGACUCGGAGGAUCUCCUCAAGCCAGAAAAUUGGGUAUUUGAUAUCUCAACCCCUGAUUUCCCUGGUAUCUUAAUCCAUCCAACCGGAUUCUCUGGUCCGCGUCCGACACCAGAAGUGCACCCGCACCUCAGGCUCGAGAAGACAAUGACAUCCGUGCCGAAGGUCAAUCCGGGAGAUAUGGUGUUCUGGCAUUGCGAUGUUGUACACUCCGUCGAGGAAGAGCACACCGGUCAAGAAGAUUCGGCAGUUAUGUACAUCGGCGCAGUGCCACAGACACCCAUGAACACCGAGUACGUGAAGAAACAAGCAGAGACGUUCCUCGCGGGUAUCAAUCCCCCCGACUUUGUCAAGGACCAGCCGAACACCACAUAUGUUGGCUUAGGCGCCGACACGGAUGUGAAGGAGCAUAUUGCGCGAGUUGCGAUGGGAUUACCAAUUCAAGUUGCGUGAACACGACUGAAAUAGAUAUUUUUUGUAAAGAUUGUUACUGAGACAAGUUCAAUACAUCUAAUUAAGACCCC